AUGCAGCAUCAAGCUGAAGCCGAAAAUGCAGCAGUACGAGGCGUGAAGAUAAGGCCACAGUUCCAAAGCGGACAACUAUCAGCAAUCGGUAACGCGUCCGCAGGAAGCGGUAUCCGACGACCAACGAAUCGCCUACACCCGCGUGCUGAUACUUCACCGUUUGGAUCCAACUCCCCUUCGAGUACGUGCUCGUCUCCUCCUGCAAAUCAGCUUCAUGCUGGUCAGCUUUUACCCCCUACGUUACCGCUCACCCCACCGCAAAGUGCUCCUCCUCAAAAGUUUUCGCCCGGUUUCUUCAGAGGAAGGAGCCGUUCUCCUGGUGAACGUCUGGAACCGCAGCGGACUCGAGCUCUUGCAAACAAAAUAGCACAUGAAGAUUGGGAGGCAAGUGGAACGUUUCCUAGCUAG